GUGUUACAACCAAACCACAUGUAGUUCUUACAAAUGUCAUUUUUUUAUUUUUUACUUAUUUGCUUGUUAAAUUCUCUUUAAAAUAUUUGCUAUUUAAUAAAAUGUCCAGCACUAUCAGUACUGAUUCAGAUGAUCCAAUUCCGGUUGACGAAAUAGUAUUACCUACAUGGUGUUUAAUGAAAGGAAUUGAUACUAUAUUACAAGAUAAACAUGAUGAAAAAUCAUAUAAAAGUCAAAAAAAUUAUUGUCAUAAAGUAGAGACAGAAAUGGAAGCACAAUGUUUUGAUCAUUCAGCACUACUUGUUGGCUCUACAAACAGAUUAAAAUUAGGAAAUAGUUUAAGUCCACUUAUGUCAGAAAUGCGAUUAUGUCUUUUGGCUGAUGAUUGGGAUGGAUAUAAACAGUUACUAUUAAUGUUAUUUAGAUCACAAAAUGUAUCCAAUAAGCAUAUCAUGUUUUUAAUUAGAUCUUGUUUUGUAUUAUUAUUAAACCAUCCUAAUCGUUCACCUGGCAUCUUGGAUAAUUUUAUGUCUUCUUGUUUAAACAUCAAUGAUGAAUCAAGAAAAAUAGAUUACCUUGAACACUGUUUUCGACUAAAAGUCAACUCAGGAAAAGAUUCUGACUAUACUGAAUCAAAAGAUAAUGAAGAAGAAGAAGUAUUUUUUGAUUCUGAAUAUAGUUCUGAUAGCAGUUAAUAAUUAUUUUUUUAUAAAAAUCAUUGAAAGUUCCUGAUAUAAGAAUAUUAAAUAAUUUUCUUUUUUUUAAUUGUUGGUUUUUUAUAUAUAUACUUAAUAUGUUCAAUUUCUCUCAGCAUUUC